AUGGCGCCUAAGAGAGGAGGAGAUUACCUUGGGCCUGGUCCUAGGAGGGGCAGGAGAAGGGUCGAAGAAGACCCAAAUCUUCAUUUCCUCGAGAUGGAGCAACACCCACCUCUAGAGGAGAACCCAGAACUGACCUCGGAUGAGGAACAAACGCCGCCACCGGCGCCCGUGCCGAGGCGAGCUAGAAGGAAGGCCGAGCCUCGAGUUAUUCUUGAGACUGCUCCUCAGGAUCAGGAACCUGAAGAAGCUCCACCAGCGCCAGCACCGAUUCCUGUGGUGCCUGCUCAGUCGACGACGACAGUUUCAAGGGAUGAGUUUCAGGCUUUCAUGAGAGCCACCAUGGAGACUCAGGCACAGAUGGCUCAGAUAAUGCAAACUCUAGCGACAAACCAGACCACUGUGCAGGGGACGAGUGAUCCGGGCACGACUAUAGAGUCCCGUUAUUUGAAGGACUUUCAGAGGUAUAAACCGCCAACUUCGACGGGGGGCGAAGCCCAUUUUUGGUGGAAAGGUGCACAGAGGGCCAUUACACCAGAGGAAGGGUAUAUUUCUUGGAACCAGUUCAAGGAAGCUUAUCUAUGUAAAUAUUACCCAGUGGUUGCCCGACACAAGUGUCAGACAGCAUUCCUAGAAUUGAAACAGGGGGACAAAACUGUUGAGGAUUAUGAUCUGGAGUUUAAUAAACUGGCAAGGUUCUGCCCUGAGUAUGUCAGUAACGAGAAGAUGAAAAUUGAUCGUUUUAUCGCUGGUCUCCGGAUAGAGCUUCAGGGUCCAGUUUUGGUACAAACAACUUCAGAUUAUGCUGUAGCCUUGAGAGUGGCAACAGUGAUGGAUAUGCCACGGCAGGUGGCAAAGCAAAAUGUGCCAGUGGUGACCACUCAGAAUGCCUUUGGCCAACGAAGAAGGCCUAACAGAAACUCUUUUAGAUCUGACAGACAGCCGCGAGGACGUUUUGAACGUCGGGGUAGAGCCCCAGAGUAUAACAGACCUGAAUGCCCUAAUUGUAAGAAAUAUCACGAGGGAGAGUGUUUUGCUGGAACAGGAGGAUGCUUUGGUUGUGGCAAGCCAGGCCAUCGCAUAGCUGACUGCCCUCAUAAGAGAAAUCAUGAGGGAAACAGACCUGUUGGACAGUAUCAGAGGGGUCGUGGAGCCACACAGCAAGCUCGAGCUGUGGUCCACGCUAUCACGACUAGGAAAGCAGAAGAGACUGACGCAGUGGUGACAGGUACACUACCUAUCCUUGAUCACCUAGCAUUUACGUUAUUUGAUUCAGGUACUACCCACUCAUUUAUUUCUGAGGGGUUUGUGAAAUCUGCAAACCUAGAACUAGAAUCCCUAGAGAUUCCUCUUACUGUGUCUACACCAGCAAAUGAAGCAACUAAAUGCUUGACUGCUACCCAUAGGGUUAAGGGUGGUAGUGUGAUAGUUGCAGGGCGAAAACUUGUAGCAUCCUUGAUUGUUUUGUGUAUGCAAGACUUCGACGUGAUCCUAGGGAUGGAUUGGUUGGGCGAGAAUCGAGCCCUCAUCGAUUGCGAAGCAAGAAAGGUAACCUUUAGGCCCCUGAUAGGAGAGAACUUUGAAUUCAAAGGGGAUAUAUCCAGAAGCACCCCUAGGGUCAUCACAGCGUUGAAGGCUAGAAAAAUGUUGAAUCAGGGAGCCUGGGCAAUUCUGGCUAGUGUGACAAAAGUCAAUAAGACCAGUCUAAAGGUAUCCUCUGUUCCUGUGGUUGGGGAAUUUGAGGAUGUAUUUCCAGAAGAGCUCCCAGGGUUGCCCCCUAAUCGAGAGGUAGAUUUUGUUAUUGACCUCGAACCAGGGACAACACCGAUAUCCAAAGUGCCAUAUAGAAUGGCACCUGCAGAGCUUAAGGAGCUAAAGAUACAGUUACAAGAACUUUUGGACAAGGGAUUCAUACGGCCUAGCGUCUCACCUUGGGGAGCCCCGGUGCUAUUUGUUAAGAAGAAAGAUGGAACUAUGCGAUUAUGUAUAGAUUAUAGAGAAUUAAACAAAGUCACAAUCAAGAAUAAAUAUCCUCUCCCAAGGAUAGAUGACCUGUUUGACCAAUUGCAGGGUGCAACGGUGUUCUCUAAGAUCGAUCUGCGAUCAGGGUAUCACCAGAUGAGAAUCCGAGAGGAAGACAUACCUAAAACAGCUUUUAGAAGUCGCUAUGGACAUUAUGAGUUCAUAGUCAUGUCUUUUGGAUUAACCAACGCUCCUGCAGUGUUUAUGGAGUUGAUGAACCGAGUGUUUAAGGAAUUCUUAGACACCUUCGUGAUUGUGUUCAUUGACGACAUCUUGGUGUAUUCUAAGUCUGAAAUGGAGCACGAGGGACACCUGAGGAGGGUAUUAACUCUACUGAGAAACCAUAAGUUGUACGCCAAAUUUUCGAAGUGCGAAUUUUGGCUGCAGGAAGUGGCUUUUCUUGGACACGUGGUAUCCAGUCAGGGGGUAACUGUGGAUCCAGCUAAGAUUGAAGCAGUCUUGAAAUGGCCUAGACCAACCACGGUCACUGAAGUAAGGAGUUUUCUGGGUCUAGCAGGCUACUAUAGAAGGUUUAUAAAAGAUUUCUCAAAAAUGUCUGCAGCGUUGACACAAUUAACCAAGAAGGGAAAACCUUUUAUCUGGACUCAAGAGUGUGAACAGAGUUUUCUAGAACUAAAGAAGAGGUUGGUCACUGCGCCUGUACUUACAGUGCCUGACGGAUCAGGCGGACUUGUGGUGUACAGCGACGCUUCAGGAAAAGGGCUAGGUUGUGUACUCAUGCAAAAGGGCAAAGUGAUAGCCUACGCCUCUAGGCAGCUGAAAGAGUAUGAGCGCAACUACCCCACCCACGAUCUGGAACUAGCAGCCGUGGUUUAUGCAUUGAAAACCUGGCGUCACUACCUGUAUGGAGAGAGAGUUCAAGUGUACACGGACCAUAAGAGCCUCAAGUAUUUGUUUACACAAAAAGAGCUCAACAUGAGACAGCGGAGGUGGUUAGAACUAGUUAAGGACUAUGACAUUGAAAUACUUUACCACCCUGGAAAAGCUAAUGUAGUGGCGGACGCCUUGAGCAGAAAGACAGCCCACACAUCUGCUCUGAUCACGAGGCAGAAGUACCUACAGGAUGAGAUACAGAGGGCUGGAAUAGAAGUCUUGGAUAGGGGCAUUACCGCUCAAUUAGCGCAACUGUCGGUCCAACCCACCCUCAAGAGACGUAUCAUUGAAGCUCAGCGAACUGAUACGCACCUCAGUAGGAUCUGGGGUCAGCAAGAAACUGAGAGACCGAACGGAUAUUCAGUCUCUUCUGAAGGGGGUUUGAUGUGGCAGGACCGAUUAUGCGUACCUCGGGAUGAGAAGAUCCUACAAGAAAUCAUGACUGAGGCACACAACACGUCCUACACGUUCCACCCUGGUAGUACUAAGAUGUAUCAAGAUUUGAAGUGUAGUUAUUGGUGGCCAGGAAUGAAGAAGGAUGUGGCUGAGUAUGUGAGUCGGUGUUUGACCUGUCAGCAGGUAAAGGCCCCGAGACAGCGACCAGCAGGGUUGUUGCAACCGUUGAAUAUCCCGCAGUGGAAAUGGGAGGAAAUAAGCAUGGAUUUCAUCGCGGGCCUACCAAAGACUCGACGAGGCUUUAAUGUCAUCUGGGUCAUUGUGGACAGAUUGACUAAAGUGGCCCACUUUAUACCCGGUAGAGCUACUUACCGAGUGGACCAGUGGGCCCGGUUGUAUGUUAAGGAGAUAAUCCGCUUGCAUGGCGUGCCGGUGAACAUUGUGUCUGACAGGGAUGCUAAGUUUACUUCUAACUUCUGGAAGGGGUUACAGAAGGCGUUGGGAACGCAACUCAAGUUCACUACAGCUUUCCACCCUCAGACCGAUGGGCAAACCGAGAGACUUAAUCAGACCCUAGAGGAUAUGUUGAGAGCGUGUGUAAUAGACUUUGCAGGUUGCUGGGACGAGCACCUGGCCCUCAUGGAAUUUGCCUACAACAAUAGUUACCAGGCAACCAUCCAGAUGGCACCAUUCGAAGCUCUAUAUGGGCGGAGGUGCAGGACCCCUAUAUUCUGGGAGGAGGUAGGCAGGAAACAGUUGUUGGGGCCGGAGUUGGUACAGACUACCAAUGCAGCGGUACAGAAAAUCAAACAGAGGAUACUCUCUGCACAAAGUCGGCAGAAGAGUUAUGCAGACUCUCGUAGGAAAGACCUCGAGUUUGCAGUGGGUGAUCACGUCUUCCUGAAGGUAGCCCCCAUGAGGGGAGUUUCAGGUACUAUUCAAGGUGGGGAGAUGCACGAGAGCUUUACUAUCACAGAGGGGUGUCGACCCGGAGCAUAUGAAGACUUCUUCUCUCCGAACCACGUAAAUAUCUUGGUGUCUCUUUGUGUGAUUCUGUUCAUUGGUGUUGUGAGUACAUUCGUUCCGCUUUCGGCGCAUAACAAGUGGUAUCAGAGCCUGAUUGUGGUAUUUGAGCGUGGAUCAAGAUUGUGUCGUUCUAAUCUCGAAGUAGAGAAAUUUAAUGGAACGAAUAAUUUUGGUGUUUGGCGAGGCGAAGUUAGCGAUUUGCUGGUCAUGCAAGAUCUUGAUGCUACUCUCCAAGAGGUGAUGCUUGAAGACAUGACAGAAGCAGAAUGGACGAAAUUAAAUUGGCAAGCUAGCGGAAUUAUUCGAUCCUGUCUUGGCAAAGAUCAGAAAUAUCCAUUUAUGAAGGUGACCAUGGCGAAAGAACUAUGGGACAAGCUUGAGGCAAAAUAUAUGCAGAAGAGUGUGGAAAAUAAACUGUAUUUGAAGAAGAAACUCUUCCGUUUUUACUACAAGGAAGGUAUCUCAAUGGCUGAUCAUUUGGAUGAUUUUAACAAAAUCAUCACUGAUUUGAUCAAUCUUGAUGACGAAGACAAGGCGUUGUUGUUAUUGAAUUCCUUGCCGGAGUCCUACAAGUUUUUAGUAACCACUCUACUGCAUGGAGCCUAUGAUAUUAAUUUUGAAGAUGUUUCAAAUGCCUUGAUGAAUAAUGAGGUGCAAAAGAAGGAAAAGGGGACAUAUCAAGACUCUAGCUCAAAUGUUCUCACUGCUCGUGAAAGGACUUCUACUUGGAAAAGGAGUGAAUGUGGAGAGUCCCGAUCAAAGUCGAGAGGUAAAUAUGGUAAUUGGAUAAAACUUGAUAAAAAUGAGUGUGCAUAUGGUCGACAGAAAGGUCAUUGGAAGAAAGAUUGCCUGAUCUUAAAAGAGAAGAGGUCGAAGUCCAAUGUGGUUAGAGAUGACGACACUGAUACAGAUAAUGUCUUAACGAUCUCCUCAUCAGUCAGCCAAACCCGUGAAUGGAUUCUUGAUUCUGGGUGCUCCUAUCAUAUGUGUUACAACAGAGAGAUGUUUUUGGACUUCAAAGAGUUCAAUGGUGGAGUUGUCUAUAUGGGCAAUGAUAGUACUUGCAAGAUGACGGGAAUCAGCUCAGUACAAAUCAAGAUGUUUGACGGGGUUAUACGAAAACUCAAUGAUGUGAGGUAUGUCCCUGACUUGAAGAAAAAUUUGAUUUCCCUUGGCAUUUUGGAUGCGAGUGGUUAUCGCAUCAUUUUUGAAGGAGUGAAUUUGAAAGUAGCUCGUGGAGCUUUGGUGGCAAUUAAAGGAACUAGAAGAGGUAGUAUAUACUACCUCAACGAAACCACAAUAAUUGGGCAUGCUGCUGUGGCAAGUUCGAAAGACAGGAAAUAUUGA